AUGUCCCACCCCCACGGCCUCGCUUCCCACGCCGUCAUCUCCGGCCCCGAGACCGAGACGGACCCGCGGGAGCUCGAGUCCUUCGCCGAGCGCUUCAAGCAGCGCAGGAUCAAGCUGGGGGUCACCCAGGCCGAUGUGGGCUCGGCGCUGGCCAACCUGAAGAUCCCGGGCGUGGGCUGCCUGAGCCAAAGCACCAUCUGCAGGUUCGAGUCGCUCACCUUGUCCCACAAUAACAUGGUGGCCCUCAAGCCCAUCCUGGAAGCGUGGCUGGAGGAGGCGGAGAGGGCGCAGAGGGAGAAAAUGACCAAACCCGAGAUCUACACGGGGGGGGACAAGAAGCGCAAGCGCACGUCCAUCGCCGCCCCCGAGAAGCGCUCGCUCGAGGCUUAUUUCGCCGUCCAGCCCCGGCCCUCCUCCGAGAAAAUCGCCGCCAUCGCCGAGAAGUUAGACUUGAAGAAGAACGUGGUGCGGGUCUGGUUUUGCAAUCAGAGACAGAAGCAGAAAAGGAUGAAAUUUUCUGCCACCUACUGAGGAAGGGGCUGGGGAGGCAGCGGCGCUGGCGGGGGAGUGCUGCCCACCCGGCCCGUCCCCAACAGGGCUUGGGGUU